AUGUUCUGCACGAGGUGUUUGCGUACGGCUGUCGUUCGUCGACAGUUCCCCAUCGCUCGCCGCCAAUUCUCCGUCGCACCGUUCCUGCGCUCGGCAGAGCCGACGCUCUCGACUCCCACCACAGCCGCAGGCGAGGCCGCUCCUCAAAAGCCCAAGCCUAAAUCCAGCUGCCCCGAAGGCACCAUCCUCACGGGCCUCAACUUUACCAAGAGCGGCUCCGACCCUGUCGCGAAAAGGGACGAAGAGUACCCAGAGUGGCUGUGGUCCUGCCUCGACGUCACCAAGAAGAGCGCCGAGGGCGACGAGGACGCCGCCGGUGAUGAGUUUUCCAAAUCCAAGAAGCAACGACGGCUAGCGGCCAAGCGCCAGAAGGCUACCGAAGCCGAGAUGCUCGCCUCUGGCAACCUCGAAGCUCUUCAGCCUAAAAUUCCUCUCCCGCAACAGUCGAUUAAUAUCCAGGGCGAAGAGAAUGGCACCGUUGCCGACAACCUCGCCGCGGCCGAGAAGCGCCAGGAGCUCAAGCUGGCCAUGCGGAAGGAGAGAAAGGCCAAGAUCAAGGAGUCCAACUACCUCAAGUCCAUGUAA